AGGCGUUCUGGAAAUGGUGGUCUUCAUUAACGCAAAGAUCAAGUCUUUAAUUAAACUUUUUAAGAAGAAAACGGUUUCCAACCUAGAUGAGGAGAGUCGUUGGACAGUCCACUACACUGCCCCAUGGCACCAGCAGGAGAAUGUGUUCCUUCCCACCACGAGACCCCCCUGCGUUGAGGACCUGCACCGCCAAGCCAAGCUCAAUCUCAAAUCAGUACUGCGGGAAUGUGAUAAACUGCGGCGGGAUGGCUACCGAAGUUCUCAGUACUACUCUCAGGGACCCAGCUUUGCAGCCAACUCCAGCCCUCUCUGUGAUGAUUAUCAAGACGAGGAUGAAGAAACAGAUCAAAAGUGUUCUCUUUCUUCGUCAGAAGAGGAAAGAUUUAUUUCCAGCAGGAGACCUAAAACGCCAACCUCAAGCGACUUCUCUGACCUUAAUACUCAGACGAACUGGACCAAGUCACUUCCGCUGCCAACACCAGAAGAGAAGAUGCGACAGCAAGCCCAAACAGUCCAGGCCGAUGUGGUUCCUAUUAAUAUAACUGGGGAGAAUUUUGAUCGCCAGGCCAGCCUUCGGCGGUCUCUAAUUUACACAGACACUCUGGUAAGACGACCGAAGAAAGUCAAAAGGAGAAAGACUAUUACAGGAGUCCCUGACAACAUACACAAGGAGCUAGCAUCAGGCACUGGCCAGGAUGAUGGUGGUGGCCACACAGUGUACAGCCCAGACCACUACUCUACACUGGGACGCCUUGGUAGCUGUCGGGCUGCAGGGCAGCGCUCAGAAACCAGGGACUCCAGCUGUCAGACUGAGGAUGUGAAGGUUGUACCACCUUCAAUGAGAAGAAUCAGGGCACAGAAGGGGCAAGGCAUUGCUGCCCAGAUGGGCCACUUCUCAGGCUCCUCUGGUAACAUGUCUGUGCUGAGCGAUUCCGCGGGGGUUGUGUUCCCCUCUCGCCUCAACAAUGAUGCUGGUUUCCAUAGUCUUCCGCGUUCUGGAGUGAGGGCAAACAUUCAGUCCCUUGAGCCAAGGCUGGGUGCCCUGGGCCCUGCAGAAGACAUGGAUGGCACUUUCCACUACCAGAGGAGUAACUCACAAGUAGAUGAAAACCUAGGAUGUUUAGGAGGGGCCUCCAGGACUGCAACACUUUUGAGGCCCAAAUCCCAGGAGCUGCAGCACUUUGAGAGUGAAAAUGUAACAAGCCCAGCAUGUGUGGUUUCUCCUCAUGCAACAUACUCCACCAGCAUCAUCCCAAAUGCCACCCUCUCAUCCUCUUCAGAGGUUAUUGUUAUUCACCCUGCUCAGAGUUCAGGGCAGCUGGAUGGUAAAAUUACCAGCUCAUCCUCAUACACAAAGGUAAAAUCCAGAGACCGCCUCAUCUCCAGGCAUGCUGUGAAAGACGAUCAUCAGCCUCCCAGUGGUCACUGGAAUGAGGGCCAUCCCACUAUACCUUCACAGGCCCUAGGCACCCAUUCCCCCAGUGCCCCAGCAAAUUGGGAAAAUGAGCCCCAAGCCAUGCCCUAUAAUUGCAGAAACAACCUGAGCUUCCCAUCCCAUCCCCAGGAUGUGGAUGGCAAGAGCGAGUCUAGUUAUUCAGGGGGCAGAGGGCACGGCAGCUCGGAGCCCUGGGAAUACAAGGCCUCAGGUAAUGGGCGGGAAUCCCCACUGAAGUCACACUUGGCAACUCAGGGUUACUCCACUCCUGCAAGUAACAUGAGCAGCUGCAGUCUGGACCAAACAUCCAACAAAGAGGAUGCUGGGUCCCUGUAUUCAGAGGACCACAAUGGCUACUACACAUCUAUGCACACUGACUCUGGACAUGGAUCUGGGAAUCUGUGCAAUAGCCGCGAUGGCUUUGGGAACCCCAGGCACAGCGUGGUCAAUGUUUUUGAUGGAAGAGCUCAGAAAAACCAAGGGGACCGAUCAAGUUACCCUGAUAAAUCCCUUUCCAGAAACAUCUCUUUGAAGAAAGCAAAGAAGCCUCCCCUGCCACCCUCGCGGACAGACUCUCUCCGCAGGAUUCCCAAGCAGAGCAGCCAGUCGAAUGGGCAGGUGCUCAAUGAAAGCCUGAUCGCCACGCUCCAGCACUCGCUGCAGCUGAGCCUCCCAGGCAAGGGCGGCAGCUCGCCCUCCCAGAGCCCCUGCAGUGACUGUGAAGAGCCCUGGCUGCCGCGUUCCCGGAGCCAGAGCACGGUCAGUGCCGGCAGCAGUAUGACAUCCGCCAUCACCCCCAACGUCUACCCCCUGUGCGGGGUCACGCCCUCGCAGAGCGACACGAGCAGCGUCAAGUCGGAGUACACGGACCCUUGGGGCUACUACAUCGACUACACGGGCGUGCAGGAGGACCCGGGCAACCCGGGAGGGGUCCUCCCGGCCAGCAGUGGGGCGCCGACCAGAAACGGGCCGGGCCACCAUGCCCCAGAGGGCUCGAGGGCCGCGAUGCCCCACGUGCCCGGUGGUUCAGUCAAACCAAAGAUGACAUCGCCGGAGAAGUCACACAGAGUCACUUCUCCAUCCAGUGGGUACUCCAGCCAGUCCAAUACACCCACAGCGCUCACCCCUGUGCCUGUGUUUUUAAAAUCCAUGUCACCAGCAAAUGGGAAGGGAAAGCCCAAGCCCAAGGUGCCAGAAAGGAAGUCCUCUCUGAUGUCUUCAGUGUCCGUUUCCUCGUCGUCCACUUCUCUUUCCUCCAGUGCUUCCACUGAAGGAAGUGGCACUGUGAAGAAGCCCGCCUCGGCCACGGCCUCUCCGCCGGCGGCUGCUGCUCCUGUCCCUUCUCUUCCCUCGCCACCUGCUGCCGACAGGUCCCCUGCCCUCCCUCCGCCCCCUCCUCUAGCAGGUGGCUCGCCCCUGCCGCGCUCUCCCGUUUUCCCGCCUCCACCACCAGAAGCCCUCGCUCCCUUCUGCUCCGCCACUGCCACCGCCACCGCCGGGUGCCUUCCUCAUGCCCCUGCAGCCCUCAGCCCCCUUCUUCCAGAUUCUUCUGCUGCCUUGCCGCCGCCCCCACCUUUCUUACCCACCUCGCUGCCCCCGCCUGCCCCGCCGCUUGACCCCAGUCUCGUGAAGGACACUAGGCCUUCUUUCAAAACCUCUGGCCAGCCAGCGCCCUCCCGGGAGGCCUGCAAGCCUCCUGCUAACAAGGAGGAGGGCAGCAGGCCCCCCAUGCCCCUGAUAACCACGGAGGCGCUGCAGACGGUGCAGCUGAGGCCGGUGCGCAAGAACUCGGCCACCGAGGUAGCUCUGUCGUCUGCACCAGCAGCUCAGGAAACACCAGCUCCGGGUGCUCCACGAUACCACUUGAAGCCAUCUGCUCUCCUCAAAUCCCCAAAUAGCAUCAAUGAAAUGGAGAGUGGAAGCCAGCCCGCUGCCGUGACAAGCUCGCUUCCGACGCCUGCCAAGAGCCAGAGUCAGGGUGACCAUGGCAGUGCAGCCGAGCAUGGCAGCCCUCCGAGCUGCAGCCGCGGAGCUCCGGGGCCCGGCGCUGGAAUCGCCCCACUCCCGGACUCUUCACCCAGCAGGAAACCGCCCCCAGUUUCCAAGAAGCCCAAACUGUUCCUAGUGGUGCCACCUCCGCAGAGAGAUUACUCCGCAGAGAACGUGAGCGAAGCCUUCCUAGGAGUGCCCAGCCCAGCGAGGGGAGAGGAGGGCUGUGUGCACAGCAAAGAGGCACGAGAGAGUCCUGCAGCCCGAGCUGGUUUUCACGCGGUGCACCCCGGCAGCUCAGGUUUUGAGGGAGGAGCUGCAGGAUCCUUGUCUCCCAGCAGAGUGGAAGCCAAUGUCCCCAUGGUACAGCCCAAUGCUUCUCCAGCCCCCACGCAGGAAGAGCCAGCAGAGCACAGUACGGCUGGUGGGGACAACGUGGAGAGCUGCUUGUGUCAACAGGAUGGAGGAGCUGGGGCGCUGGAGACCAGCACGGCCAGUUCUUCCUCAGAGGCCUGCGACUUCCUUAAGGAAGAAGGGAGUGAUGAGGUGAUGGCCCCCAGUAGACCCAGGACCACUGAAGACCUUUUUGCAGCUAUUCACAGAUCCAAAAGGAAAGUCCUUGGUCGUAAGGAUUCAGAUGAUGAUCACGCCCGAAACCAUUCUCCCUCCCCCCCAGUGACACCCACCGGCACUGCCCCCAGCCUAGCCUCUCCAAAGCAAGUGGGAUCAAUUCAGAGAAGUGUCCGAAAGAGCAGCACCAGCAGUGACAACUUCAAAGCUCUUCUGUUAAAAAAGGGGAGUCGUUCAGAUACCAGUGCCCGCAUGUCUGCGGCAGAGAUGCUCAAGAACACAGACCCUCGAUUCCAGAGAUCAAGGUCAGAGCCUUCACCAGACACCCCCGAAAGCCCAUCAAGCUGCUCACCCAGCAAGAACAGAAGAGCCCAGGAGGAGUGGGCCAAGAAUGAAGGCUUGAUGCCUCGAAGUCUGUCCUUUUCAGGCCCCAGGUACGGCCGCAGUCGCACGCCUCCUUCAGCUUCCAGUAGCAGGUACAGCAUGCGGAACCGGAUCCAGAGCAGCCCCAUGACUGUCAUCUCAGAGGGAGAAGGGGAAGCCGUGGAGCCUGUGGAUAGCAGAGCCCACUGGGAUCUGGGUAUUGCAAAGGGGUGCUCACUGGACGGCCUGGUGGGGGAUGAAAUGGACGAGGGCAGCCUGUUUUGUGGCGAGGAGCCCAUCGCCUCCCUGCAGCCAGAGGCUCCUGACUCUGCAAAGGGCAGGGGCCCAUCAGAGCAGUGUGGGGGUUCUCUGAGGGAGGAGAGUUAGGGACAGGAAUGUGACUCUCCCAGGUGACGCAGUGGCAAAUAAGCAGUGCAUCCAUCGCGCUAGGAAGCCUGGUGGGUGCCCCUCCUGCUUGCCCAGGGAUCCCACUCAGCGUUUGUGCCAUGGGCCCCACAUGGCCAACCUGCAGCUAAGGUGAGGGUUGCUUAGGACUCACUUGCCACUUGCCCUAUGGCUUAAAAGCAAGUAGAAGCUUAAACUUCUGAAAGUGCUUCCUGGGGAAGAUUUCCUUUUUUUGCUAAAUGCUGAGGGUGUGUGUGUAGAGGGGAGGUGUGUGUGUGCAUUUUGAACAAUUUAUUUUUUAAAAGUGCACACAAACAGCAUGUACAGAAAUAGGAGAAAGAAAGAGGUUAGCGAGGUAGAGUAAUGGAGUCUUCUGGACUAGGUGGUAAUGCUUUCAAAGCAUUAUGUUUAUGGAAAUUAGUUCUAUAAGAAGAAAGAGGACCAUGACUUCUAAGAAAGGGGUGGUAGAUUUGCUGCUGCUUCAUGCACAGAACACAUGGAUGUAUGCACAUGUGCGCUGCUGAGCUGAGUGAAGCGUGUCAGGGUGCACACACAAGCUGGAGAAGGGCUCAGUGACUAAUUGGUUCAGGUACUUUUUUUCUGGGGGAAAUAGGCUUUCUUUCUUUUCUGUAAAAAUGUCAAACAUGGGAAAGUGGCGAUGCUGUAACUUGGUGCGUGCUGCUGUGCAGCUGUAUACACACAACUUUUAGCCUGAGUUUUAGAAGUGUAGGUGAUUUUUAAACAAAUUUCCUCCUUGAGUAGCAGCCAGGACCUUUUAGAACCGAAGUGAUGGUGUAGACACACAGGGGGAGAGAGACGAGCGAAGGGGAGAGGAGUGAGUGAUACACUGCUGGACUUUGUUUUCUGCCUAUUAAAUAAAAUUAUUUUUCAGAAUUAAAUUUGAAAACUUGCACUACAGAACUGUGGGUAGAGCUUUUCCUUUUACAACAAUUUUUACCAGAGUUUAAACUUCCAUUUGGCAAUUUCUUUUCACUUGAAAUGUCAACAUUUGCUGACUUUUGGAUAUCUUUUUGGUUACACCAAAGAAAAAGUGAUGGCUGUUGUUUUCCUUGAACUGCCUAUGGUAUCAUGUCCUAAUUUAGACAGGUUUAUCAAAAUUUAUUUUAUAUUACCUUACUUUGAAGAAAAUGCUGAAGAGCUCUUGUUAGUCAAAUAAACUGAUAAAAAUUGGUAGGGCUUGGGUAUUAAUUAGCCCAGGGAAAUGAGUUUUUAGAUUAAAAAGACUUUUUUUGCAUCAUUUUGUUUGUGCGUUUUUAUAUUUGUUUAUAAAUGAGUCGCUAAUUACCUUCUAAUCUCCUCCAAUCAGAAUUUCAACACUUUUAGACAUAGGAGAAAAGUGUGUAAAGUACUUAUUUUAAUGUAAUAUUCUUGUGACCCCCACCCUUGCUCCUUCCCAACUUUUGUGUACUUAGACUCCUUGAUUAGUUAGUUAAGUAAACCAGUCUUGUCUUCUUCAGUAGCAGGUCCUAGGAUGACAGUACUGAGAUUCUUGGUCUAAAUCCAGUGCAGCUGCCAUCUUUUUUGGUAUGAAAAUAUCAUCUAAAAGUUGAACUACUCAGGUGAAAACAUCAUAAGACUUAUAAAAUAAAAGUUUAGGUACCCAUUUUAGACAUGUCUUCAAGGCAGAAAUAAACCUAAUGAACUAAGACUUCUUCCCUUCUCUGAAGAAAACAAAACAUUUCUUUUCACACAACCAGAAACCAAGACCUGACAUUGGGCCAGAGGCAAAAGGGCUUUUUAUCAUUUGGAACAGUUGUCUACUACAUUGGACAUAUGGAUCAUUUCUUCUAAGUUUUAGAAAAGUGAUAUUGACUUUUGAAUAUGGAAUCUUCUCAUAGCUACCUAAAAAAGGUUAGAAUGUACGUGGAUAUCAGAAGUCUUGAACUUAAUAUAUAAAUCAUUUAUUUGAAGGUAAGACAAGCAACAUCAAAACUAAUUAUAAAACUAUAAAUAAUUCCCAGUUUUAAAGAAACAUAUAUAUUAGGUUUUAAAUUUGCUUUGAAUAAAACAAUCGUAAAGUGUAAA